AUGUUCGAUGAGCUGCUAGCCAGAGUGGGGCCCAGGAUCACCAAACCACACACCUGGUACAGGGAGCCCCUGGAGCCUGGCCUGAAGCUCGCACUGACUUUGCGUCACCUUGCCUCUGGGAGCACGUAUUCAACCAUGAAGUACGGAUGGAGGGUACCCCACAACACCCAGCCACUCGUCGUCAGUGAGGUCUGCCAAGCCAUCAUCGAUGAGUACAUGCCCGAGGUGAUGACCUGUCCCACCACUCCUGAGGGAUGGCGUGCCAUAUCUGACAAGUUCCUUCAGAAGUGGAACUUCCCCCAUACAUGUGGUGCACUAGAUGGGAAGCACAUUGCCUGCAAGUGUCCUCCAAAGAGUGUUUCCCUAUACUUUAACUACAAGGGAUUUUACUCUUUUGUAUUCAUGGCCCUUGUAGACGCGGAGUACAAGUUCAUCUGGGCAGACCUCGGUGGUACAGGAUCAGCAUCAGACGCACAGAUCUACAAUAACUCUGAAAUCAAGGAAUUUGCUGAAGACCUGUACCAUCGGAUUCCCUGCCCCAGAUCCUUUACCCAAUGA